CGCAACGAUUGAUGCGUAGCGUCCUCCAUCAUCUCUUCUCCCUAAAUACGCUGCAGGCUGGAUCAGGGCCAGGUUGAAUCGUGGUUUAUCCUCCUAUAUCGUGCGGAGCUCUUGAGGAUCAACCUGAUCAUCUAUUGCGUGGAGAUCCGUGCUUGACUUCAAGCCUUGUUUCCGUUUAAUUAUGUCUUGGUUAGAGACAUCCACGGAGGAGGAGGAGGAUGCUUGGCUUCAGGGGGCCAUGGAUCUGCCUGUUAGUGUUUCGCUCGGCCCCAUGGGCACCGUCUUCCAUCAGCUCCAUUCGGCCAUGGAUUCUCGAGAUGCUCGGCUGAAAAGGGUCAAGGCCGAGAUCCAGAUGCUCCAACAAGGAUUUGAGGGAUUAUGCACCGACCUCAAAGAUUCAUCUCAGCCGGAGGACGAUAAGGAAAUCAUCGCCUUAACAGGCAACUUCUGGACGAGGCAGGUCCGGGAUCUCUGCUAUGACACGUCAGAUUACCUCGACGAUGUUCUUAUGCAACCCCUUCAUCAGCCCGUUGAUGCCAGCGGCCGGAGUUCCGGGAAGCGAGGCCCAAAGAUUGCAAAAGAUUUAUCACAACUGAUAGCUCGCGUAGAGGAAGCACGCAAAAGCGUAGAGGAAGCACGCGAAACACGGAAAAGAUUCAACCUCCGCCUUGCUGAAGAAAGUACCACCAAACCUGACUCUGGACAUGCCGGUGUCAGCCACCUCAAUCCCCAACUCUCACAGGUCCAAGUCGACAUCCACGUCAACAAGCUCAUAAAGCUGUUGGGCGCCUUUGAAGACCAUGACGGUGACAGCAGCAACCACGACGACGAUGGGACGAACAAAAAACUCAAGGUGACAACUAUCUUUGGUUAUGCAGGUGUUGGAAAGACAACAGUUGCCAGGACCUUAUUUCACCAGUAUGGAAGGAAGUUCCAGUGCCGGGCUUUUGUGCGAGUGUCUCGAGAUCCAGAUAUGAUGAGGCUUCUCACCAACAUGCUAUCACAAAUCAAGGCACCACUGCCCCAGGCCCCUUCGGAUGUCCAAGGACUUCUUGCCAGUCUCACCAAACAUCUACAAGGCAAAAGAUACUUGAUUAUAAUAGAUGAUAUAUGGGACACAGCAACAUGGGAUAUUAUUAGCCAUGCUCUUCCUGGUGGGGAUUGUUGCAGAAUAAUAGCAACAACACAAGUUGAGGACGUAGCAUCGGCAUGCUGCGGUUAUCAGUUAAAGCAUAUAUACAAGAUUAUUCCUCUUAAUGAUGAUCAAUUAGAAAAAUCUGAGGGUGAUUAUACUACAAAUCAUAGUUCCGAAGGGCUGAAAGAAGCUCUAAAACUUGUGUACAAUAAUCUUCCACUCCACUUGCAGACAUGCUUGUUAUAUCUGAAUAUGUAUCCAGAAGGAUACACGAUCAGAAAAGAUGAAUUGGUGAAGCAAUGGGUAGCUGAAGGUUUCAUCCGUGCAGUACAAGGACGGGACAUGGAGGACGUUGCAGGGGGUUAUUUUGAUGAUCUCGUCAGAAGAGGAAUGAUCCAAUCCGUAGAUACUGAUCAUAAUGGCAAAGUGUUGUCAUGUACACUUCACCACAUGGUAUUGGAUCUUAUUAGGCAGAAAUCCAUGGAGGAGGAUUUCGUCACAAUUGUGAAAUAUUUUCAAAGAACUCUUGGACUCCCUGACAAGGUUCGUCGACUGUCCGUCCAGUUUGGUGGUGCAAAAGGUGCAAAUACUAUACCAGAAAACAUCAGAAAGUCCCAAGUUAGGUCGCUUGCAUUUUCUGGAUACUUCAAGAGUGUACCUUCCCUUGUGGACUAUGGGCUUCUUCAGGUUUUCGUUCUUCAUAUUUGGGCUGAUCAAGACAAAAUUGUUGAUCUCAGCAGUAUCGAUGAACUAUAUCGAUUGAGAUUUCUGAAGAUUGAAUGCAAUAUCACCGUCAAGCUUCCAGACAAGAUUCGAGCGCUGCAACACCUCGGUACUCUGCAAGUAGAUGGAUUAUCUAACGUUCCAUCUGAUAUUGUUCAUCUGGAGAAAUUACAGCACCUUCGCCUUCCAUCCGAGGCUAUUCUGCCCGACGAAGUCGAUGGCAUGACAUAUCGUCCCACUCUGCGGUAUUUUGGUCUAGGCAGUAACUUACAAGAUAACGCGAUGGAUCUCAGCAUGCUGGCCAGUCUCCAAGAUCUUCAGCUGACCUGUUCUACAGUGAAGCUAGCUGAAAAUAUGGUAGCCAACAUGAAAUACCUGGGUUUGAUUCUGGAGAAACUGAGCAACCUUAAGUCUGUAGUUCUGGCAUCUCAAGUAAAUACUUCAAGCAUGCACAUUUCCUGUGAUAGCUUCAGCAGCGUGUCCCCUGUUACGGUCAAUCUUGAGAGGCUUGAAUUAUGGCCACGGAUCUGCAUCUUUCCAAGCCUCCCUAAGUGGUUCAGUGCACUCGACAAACUCUGCAUUCUGAAGAUAGCAGUUAGAGAGUUGUCGAACAUUGAUAUUGAUAUCCUUAGAGGACUUGUUGCCCUCACUGCUGUCUCCCUGUAUAUCCAGACAGCGCCUGGACUGGUUGUCUUUGGCAAGGCAGGAUUUUCAGCUCUCAAGUACUUCAAGGUCAAGUGUAGUGAACCUUGGCUCAAAUUUGAAGCCGGUGGAAUGCCUAAUCUUCGUAAGCUCAAGCUAGUCUUCAAUGCCAAGGAAGUCCAACAGCAUGGUGCUGCACCGAUCUGCAUCGAGCACUUGCCAGGGCUGAAGGAGAUCUCCGCAAAAAUUGGGGGCUCAGUUGCUGCAUUGUCGAUAUCUGUUAGCAAUGAUCCAAGAAAUCCAAAAAUCAUCGAACAAAGGCUGGACUGGAAUUUCUGUGCUGACAAAGAUAGAAGUAUGCGGGCGAUGCAAGAGCAAGGAGGCGAGAUUAUAGAAGAAAAAGGUGAAAUCCUGGAGGAAAACAUCUUUGACGUACCCCAAACCCAAGACAAGUACCAAGGAGAAGAUGGGAGCAGCCAACCUUAUACUCACAGCAGGAUUUCUACGUUUAUGGAGUCCUCUUCCCGGCCACCUCCGAGACGCCCCAAUCGUCGUCGGGAGCUCCUCUCGAUGUGGGCCAGGGACAGCAGUCCCGAGCUGGUGAGCUCUUCACCACCAACAUCGUCGUCUUCAAGGGGCCCAAUAAUCCGCUCGACGAUCCAGCGCGUGCGGAUUAGUCCGCGAGACCGCAGGGGUGCUGAGGGCCCAAGGCCUCCCAAUUCACUGCAGACCAGCUCUUCCCCCACCUCCAAGUCCAAGAAGCCACAGGAUCUCUCCGGCAGGGCAUGACAAACUGACACCCUCAGGAAGGGAAACAAAGAGAAGCUCAAGACUGUCUGCCUGCUCUACUCAAAGCCAGAGGAAGACUCUGCCUGGGGGUUUAGUUCCAGAAGCCUCAUGCAUGGAUGUCCUUUUACUUUUUUUUCACCAGUUUUGUAAUAUGCAAAAUUUUCUACUCACUCCAUUCCAUAAAGAUUGGCACGAAUUUGAACUAGAACUAGUUCAAAGCCACGCCAAUCUUUAUGAAACGGAGGGAGUAAUUCCCUGGACUCUUUCUUUGUAAUCUGCAAAAAUUAUAUUUCCCAGGACUCUUUCUUUGUAAUGUGCAAAAUCCUCUAAUCCCUGGA